AUGGGGUUUGGUUUGGUUUUGAGGAGAUGGAUGGACAUUUUGAUUUUUCAAAGUAAAAUGUCGGUGUUGGUUAAUGGUAGCCCUACUAAAGAGUUUGUGGUGGAGAAAAGUUUGAGGCAAGGUGAUCCUUUAUCCCCUAUUCUCUUUGUUUUUGUAGCGGAGGCUUUAGCGGGGUUGGUUAGGAAGUCUUUAGAGAUUGGUGAUUAUUGUGGUUUCGCCGUAAAAGGGAGGGUGGAGGCAAGAUAUUUAAUCUUUCUUGGGAUUCCCAUUGGUGGAAAUCCGAGGAAGCUCUCAUUUUGGGUUCCUCUCUUGAAUAAAAUGAAGAAUCGCUUAUCCGGAUGGAAUAAUCAUUUUCUUAAUCUUGGAGGUGGUCAAAGAGUUCACGAGUAUUUAAUGGAAUUUUUGUGGGGUGGUUUGAAGGAUAAGAAAAAGAUUCAUUGGGUGAGUUGGAAGAAGGUGUGUCUUUCUUUUGAGAAGGGAGGUUUAGGUAUUAAAAAUAUUUUGGAUUUUAAUCUUGCUCUUCUUAACAAAUGGAGAUGGAGGAUUUUGCAAGGCAAUGAUAAUCUUUGGUUUGAUUUGUUGAGAGCUCGUUAUGGUGACAUCUCCACGAAGGUGUUUGUGGUGGCUUCAAGGAGAAAUUUCGUCAUUCUCAAUCCAUUUGGUGGGAGGACAUUAUCAAAAUAG